AUGAAUAUUGCUGAUUCGCAAGAGGAAAUUUCAGCUGACCAGGAGUAUGAACUUUGGAAGUCGAACGUACCUUUAAUGUACGAGUUCGUUAGCGAAACGAAGCUUUUAUGGCCAUCUUUGACAAUUCAAUGGUUACCAGACGGUGGAGCCGAAGAUAAUAAGCAGAAUAUGUUGGUAGGCACUCAUACGUCGCACGAAGAAGAAAAUUAUGUUAAAAUUGCAUCAAUUGACCUUCCCUCUGAAGUUCUGGGCAAAUCUGCCGAGAUUGAAGAUCAUCCAGUUCAAUCGAAAAUCCGGAUCACGAAGAAAUUCCCACAUGAAGAAGAAGUCACACGAGCUCGCUAUUGUCCUCAAAAGCCUGAAAUAAUCGCUACAAUCAAUGGCCAGGGAAAGGUUUUUGUUUACGAUCGUUCCUUGGCUAAAGAGGCUGGUUUAAAAUUGAGCCUUUCAUUCCACCAGGAGAAUGGUUAUGGUCUAGAUUUUAAUCCUAAUGUGACGGAGGAAUUGUUGUCUUGCUCGGACGAUAGUACCAUUGCCAUUUGGGACGUGAAUCAAAACGACGCUUCGGCGCCUGUCACUGCUAUAAGAGCGCACACAGAUAUCGUUAAUGAUUGUAAAUGGCAUUAUUUCGACUCAAAUAUUCUAGGAUCGGUCUCUGAGGACAAAGCGCUCAUCUUUCAUGACAAACGGUCCGAUCUCCCCAUUUUCAAGCUUCUCCAGAACGAACCGUUUAAUACAUUGGCGUUCAGCAAACAUUCGAAUUUUCUGUUCGCUGCUGCAGGUAUAGACUCUUCUGUUUAUUUGUAUGAUCGUCGGAACCCAGAAGUACCGCUUCACGCGAUGGACGGUCACCAGGACGCCGUUUCAAGUUUAGAGUUCUCGCCUCAUAAAGAUGGUAUUGUUUGUUCCAGUGGUGCAGACAGAAGAGUCAUUUUUUGGGAUAUCAAACAGAUUGGUGUGGAACAGGCUCCAGACGACGCUGCCGAUGGUGCACCAGAACUGCUGAUGAUACAUGCAGGCCAUAAGAGUGGUGUAAAUGAGUUUUCCUUCAAUCCUAACGUACCAUGGUUAAUGGCAAGUGCGGAGGAGAACAACAUCGUACACGUUUGGAAACCAUGUAAAAGACUUACUGACCCCGAUGCAAGGCCCGACUACGACAUUCACUCGCUCGAAUAA